AUUAAGUCCAUCCAUGAAAUUUCCUUGCUACUAAAUAUUCCACGGUCAACUGUUAGUGGUAUUAUAACAAAGUGGAAGCAACUGGGAACAACAGCAACUCAGCCAAAAAGUGGUAGGCCACAUAAAAUGACAGAGUGGGGUCAGUGCAUGCUGAAGUGCACAGUGCGCAGAAGUCACCAACUGUCUGCAGAGUCAAUAGCUAAGACCUCUAAACUUCGUAUUGCCUUCAGAGAACUUCAUGAAAUGGGUUUCCAUGGCUGAGCAGCUGCAUCCAUCUAAGCCUUACAUCACCAAGUAUAAUGCAAAGCAUCAGAUGCAGUGGUGUAAAGCACGCCGCCACUGGACUCUAG